AUCUUUAAACUGUUUUGUUGUUUUCUUUUAGGAGCUUACUCCGUGGUGACAGUCUCGAGAUAAUCUGCAUUGUCAUCUGUGAAUAGUGACCAGCAGCAGCAGAGUGGUUUGGGGCUUGGUGAUUCCCUUGGACCCGCAGUUGCAUCGGCCAGGUUUUGGUUGUUUUUAGGAAGUCGGAAGAAGCGCCCAAGAUUCUGUUUGGGGCAGGUUCUCAUUCUGUACUAGUCCUUCCCCUGGGAUGGAACAUGGCAUAAAACCUGAGUCAUCGUUAGCAUUUAAAUGUAAUUGAAGCCUGCACAGCUUGGAAACAAAUUCUCAAGGUAUGGACGAAAAGGGUGACCCGAGUGGUGAGGACGCACCCAAGGCCAUCAAGCCCACCAGUAAAGAGUUCAGGAAGACGCAGGUGUUGCAGAGGACUGCCAUCGCGAAGCGCGAGGGCGCCAGGGAUGUGGAGGUGGAUGCCCUGGAGCCGCUGCCCCGGCAGCAGCAGAGCCCGUCGCUGCGACACAGCGGAAGGCCGCCGAAGCGGACUGAGCGGGUGGAGGAGUCCCUGACCACGGUAUGGUGCCGGGGCCGGAGGGGUACCCCCAUGUCCCUAGAGGACUGGGCGGAGCCGGCGUCCUGUCCGGUGACAGAUGAGGGGAGCAUGGAAAGCACCUCAGACGGGAAGAGCGGUGCCGGGUCUGGCUCCACAGGUGGUAAGGAACGAAUGGCCUCCUGGGCAGAGGUCAGAGGGCGUGGUGACGAGGAUGACACCUCCCAUAGUGACAGUGACUGGUCAGCGGUACAGGUCAUAGAGGCACCUGGUGUCGCCAGAUCAAUCGGCCCUGGGCGCUCAAGCGUGGCGCAACCCGCCUCUGUCUACUGCCGCAGCGACCGUAUCCUGAAACACGCUAAGGCCAGCAAGCACUUCCAGAGCGCAGGGAAAGGGGAGAAAGCAAAACCUAAAGAGAAACGCAAGACAAAGGCGGAAAAACUCAUUCUUCAGAAAUGUAGCGUUCAGGCAGGCGUUAACAUCUCUUCUGUGCACAAGAGACUGGCUUCAGAGAAGAAGGAGAACACAGUGAAGUAGAUGGUGGUGGUCCGUCCGAGGAGUGAGGUCCUUGCUAAGGAGCCGACCUGUGAGAGCAGCACGCCAUCCUGGGCCAGCGACCCCAAUUACAAUGCAGUAAAGCCAGAAAAGACUGCUGCCCCCUGGCCGCCACUGUUGUAUAAAUCCGUGAAGGAGGACCGACGCGCAGAGGCCAAGGCGGCAGUGGCAGUGGUGGCGAAGAAGGUUGCUCCUCCAGGCUCUUCUGGGGGCGGCAAGCAGCCCUCGCCCAGGAACCUCCUUCCGAAGAAGUCCCCUCCUUUGGCAAACACGGCAGCAGCCAAACCGGCCAUCAAAAAGUCGCCACCGGGUUUCAAGGGCACAAUCCCCAAGAGGCCGUGGCUCUCGGCCGCCCCCUCCUCCUGGGGCAGCACUCCCUCAGCCAAGCAGGCAAGGCUGGCACCUGUUGCUGCCACGUCUGCUUCCAGAAAGUUCCCCGGCUCCGCUGCUUUGGUGGGCGCCGUCAGGAAGCCUGGGACCACCUCGCUUCCCCUGGCCUCUCCAGCCCCGGGACGCCUGGGCCCCGCGAGCCCCGCCUCGUCACAGCCAGGUUGUCAAAUGCGGCAAAACAUAAGACGCUCCUUGAAGGAGAUCUUGUGGAAAAGAGUCACUGACAGCGAUGACUUAUUCAUGACACAAAAUGAAGUCGGAAAAAUUGCACUGCACAUCGAGGAAGAGAUGUUUAACUUGUUCCGAGCCACAGACAGUCAGUACAAGAGCAAGUACCGCAGCCUCAUGUUCAACCUCAGGGACCGCAGGAACCAGGGGCUCUUCCGUCGUGUUCUGCAUGAAGAAAUCUCGUUGGCAAAACUUGUGAGAAUGAAGCCAGAACAACUUGUCUCCAAAGAGCUUCCCAUGUGGAAAGAGAGAUCAUCAAAGCACGUGAUGGAGUCCAGAACUAAAUUGCAUAAGGAGACUAAGAAGCCUACCGUUAAACAGGAAAGUAUUUCCAAUAUGGAAGAUUCUAUGCCAGUAUCAGAUUGUGAUGAACAGCAAGAAUCGGUGCAGGCGGCCCCCGAGAGGAAUGCAGCACCCCUGGUUGACCUUGUCGGCAGCGUGCUGCAGGACACGACCCCGCAGCACCGGGCGCACCUCUUUGACCUGAAUUGUAAGAUCUGCACAGGUCAGGUUCCAUCGUCGGAAGAUGAGCCAGCGCCGCAAACACGAAAGUGGUCAACUUCUGCCAAGAAAGAGGACUCAAAGUCCGAGCAUGACAACUCUGCCUCUGAGCCCGCUCUCAGCUCAGCCGAUGAUGUGGCAGCAGAAACCCUGCCUGAAAACGCCUCGGAGCCAGACCUGGAAAGCGCUGCUCAUGCCCAUUUGGAGGGAAAGUCCCUCCCGGUGCCUCCAGAGGAUGGCCACCCCGAGCCCUCUGCCCUGGAAGGUGCCCCCUGCCCAGCCCCAGGUGGCGGCGGAGUGCUCACCACAGUCACGGUGUCUGGCCGAGACCCCGGGACUGCACCAGGCGGGCCGAGCACGGGUACGGCUCCCUCAGCAGCCCGCCCAGGCAGCGCCCACCCAGCGGAACCCCGACAGGGCGUCCCGAAGCCUGUGCCGACUUCCGUGACGGUGCCUAAGUCUAUCCUGGUCAAGCCAUCCACGUCGCCCGAGCCCAGAUACCUCCUGUCGGUCCCGCCGUCACCGAGCAUCAGCAUCUCAGAGUCCCGGUCCCCUCCAGAAGGAGAUACCACCCUCUUUUUGUCUACACUCAGCACCAUUUGGAAAGGAUUUAUGAACAUGCAGAGUGUAGCAAAGUUUGUCACUAAGGCGUAUCCUGUCUCUGGAUGUUUUGAUUAUCUCAGUGAGGUCCUGCCCAACAUGAUUCACAUCGGCGGAAGGAUUGCCCCAAAGACAGUCUGGGAUUACGUCGGCAAACUCAGAUCUUCAGUGUCUAAGGAGCUGUGUCUGAUCCGCUUCCACCCUGCGACGAAGAAGGAGGAUGUGGCCUAUAUCUCUCUCUACUCCUAUUUCAGCAGCCGCGGCCGCUUCGGCGUCGUGGUAAACAACAGCAGACACGUCAAGAACCUCUACCUGAUCCCGCUGAGCGCCACGGACCCCGUCCCCUCCAAGCUCCUGCCCUUUGAGGGACCAGGUCUUGAGUCCCCGCGUCCGAACAUAAUCCUGGGGUUAGUAAUCUGUCAAAAACGAAAGCGUCCUUCAAAUGCGGACAAAUUAGACAAGACAGAGGAGAAGCGGCCCCGGCCUCAAACCCAAGAAGAAAUGGAUCCCAUCCACCCCAGGGUGCCAGCAGCCCUGCUUCCUGAGAAGAAGCCCCACCAGUACCUGCUGUGCCCAGGGGAAGGGGCUGUUGGUACCACAGCCCCGGGGUCUCCCCCACACCCACCCCCUCCUCCAGAAGCACCGGGUGCACCGGCCUCAUCUUCCGUGUUACAGAUACUGUCCUUGCUCAAACCAGGAGCCUCGAACACUGUCACAGCAUCACCUGCGUCAGUGACGGUUGCGGUGGCCGCUUCCUCUGUCACUGCCUCUUCAAAAACAGCUUCGCCCCUAGAAUAUAUCCUGCAGACUCUCUUUGGGAAGAGGAAGGUGUUUGACCCCCCUACCAAAGAGCCUGCCGCGUCGGCCCCAGCCCCCCACCAGCACUCAAGAGCCAAAGCCGGCGGCGGGCUGCCGGCGGCGCUUCUGCUGGACCCAGUUGUCCAGCAGUUUGGUCAGUUCUCAGAAGACAAAGCUCUGGAGGAGGAGGAAUACGACAGGCCAUAUGACCCCGAGGAAGAGUAUUGUCCUGAGAGAGCCUUCGACACUCAGCUCGGAGAUCACGGGAGACACCAGGACGCGGAGAAGGCCGUGGUGGCAGCUGAGCGGGAGGAGGUGGCCUAUGACCCAGAGGACGAGAUGAUCCUAGAAGAAGCCAAAGUGAGGGUCGAGGACCUGCCCGGCAGAAUGUGUGCGGCGGUGCACGGGGGGCCUGACCUGCCGGCACCCUCCUUGGCCGAGCAGCAGCAGAUGAUAGAGGAGCUCAACAAGGAGAUCGAAGAGCGGAAGAGGCAGGUGGUGGUGCAAGAGGAGGCGCUCAGGCAGCAGAGGGCCGCCGUCGGGGCCUCCACGGCCCACUUCCCCGUGUCGGAUGCGCUCACGUCGCCGUCGCCGCCGCCGCCGCACAAGGCCACGCCGUUGCCGCAGGAGCCGCCGGCCCCGGGCCCCAGCGCCGAGGCCGAAUUCCGCGAGGGCAGGGGCCACCAGGACAGAGGCCCAAGCUUCGAGGGGCGGGCCCGGGACAAGGCCCCGGAGGAGCCCGAGGCCCCGCCGGCUGAGAGCCGCCCGGUGCAGGACCUCGAGGACCGGCGGCGCCAGCGGGAGCGUGGGAAGCCCUGGGAGUGGGAAUGCAGCCGGACCAGGAGCCGUGAGCGGGACUGGGACCGAGGCCACGAGUGGGACCGACACCGCGACAAGGCCUGCGAGUGGGAGCGCCACAGCGACCGCAGUCGGAGCCGGGAGCGACCCCGGGAUCCCAAGGCCGAGGCCUUGUGGGCCGCCGCCCCCGCUGCCCAGACCUAG